AUGGCUCCAACUUCAACUACACUUAAUACAUCUACUUCAGAGGCUUCAGUUUCACCAUAUUCCAUUGAUCAUUUGAUUUCAGAUCGUUCAAAGAAUCGUUCAUUCAAACAUUUCGCUGCUAAUGCUGAUGAAAAUGCUCCUAAGAAUUUCAAACCUCAUCCAAAACCAUUAGCUUUGAGUUUUGGUAGACCAAACGCUCAAUUUUUCCCGGUUAAGAAAAUCAGUGUUGAAUUAGAUCAUUAUCCAUUCCAAGACUCGAUCUUUGAGUUCGAAACUGAGACCGCUGAACAGGCUGAACCAGUUAUUAUCGAGAAAUUCCCUACUGAUAAAAAUGAAUUGGGUGCUGGUGAAGCGUUUCAAUAUGGUGAUGUUGCAGGUUUACCUAAUUUUCAAAAAUUCUUACGUGAAUUUGUUGAAACUAUUCAUAAACCAGGUAAUGAUCAAUGGGGGAUCAGUGCUAGUAAUGGAUCUGGUGAAGGAUUGAAUAAAGUUGCUGAUGCUAUUAUUAAUCCUGGUGAUAUUGUUUUAUUUGAAGAAUUCACUUUUUCUCCAUUUGGUAAUAAUGUUAGAAAUGUUGGUGGUAUUCCAGUUCCAGUUAAAUUAAACUUCAAAUCUACCGAAGAUGCUGAUAUUGAUAUUAAGUACCUCAGUGAUUUAUUAGAUAAUUGGGAUGAAAUUUAUCCAGAAUAUAGUGGUAGAAAACCAAAGGCUUUCUAUACUAUCCCAACUUGUCAAAAUCCGACUGGAUUAACUCAAAGUGUUGAAACUAGACAAGCUGUUUAUGAUUUAGCUUCCAAGCAUGAUUUUAUAAUCAUUGAAGAUGAUCCUUAUGGAUACCUUACAUUACCAAAAUUUGAAAAACCAAAUAAAUCAACCUUAGUUAAAGAUCAUUCAUUAACUGUAGAUGAAUAUCUUGCUCAUCAUUUACCAAAAUCUUAUUUACAAUUUGAUAAAGAAGGUAGAGUUAUCAGAGUUGAAACAUUUUCAAAAGUUUUCGCUCCUGGUUUGAGACUUGGAUUCAUUGUGGCUCAUAAGAAAAUCAUUGAAGUUAUAAAGAAAUAUUCAUCUAUUGUUACAAGAUCUCCAUCAGGAGCUGCUCAAUUGAUUUUAUUAAAUAUUAUUCAAAAGAAAUUUGGUGGUAUCAAUGGAUGGUUAGAAUGGAUUCUUAGAAUGAGAUUAGCCUAUGCUCACAGAAGAAAUGUCCUUAUCGAUAGUAUUUCAUCACUGGAAGCUUAUUCAAAAGGGUAUAUUAAUGUUAUAAGUGCAGAUGCUGGUAUGUUUGCUUCAUUAUUAGUUAAUUUCCCCUCAUCAAUCCCAUCAACUGAAUAUGUUGAAAAAUUGAAUCUUUUAAAUUAUAAAUUUUUAGAAAAGGGUGUUACCGUGGUAUUAGGAUAUAAAAUGUCGAUUAAUCAAGCUUUCAGUGAACCAAAUGCCAAUUUCUUAAGAUUAAGUUAUGCUCCAUUAGAUACUGAUGAACAGUUAGCUGAAGCCGGAAAACGUCUUGGAGAAGCCGUUGAAGAAUUCUUUGAAAAUGGGUUUGAAUUUUAG